CGGACGUUGCCAAUUGCCAUAUGAGACUCAGGAACGACUUUUGUGGUAAUAGAACACUGUUGUGUAACAAGGUCAAGAUCGCGCUCGUAAUCUGUCUCGGAGCCAUUCUUGUAUCCAUGCUCAGGUGCACGACACAUAAGUUGUGCCGACCCACACGGAUGCAGUCCAGUAAUGCAUCAUGGUGGGUCCAAAUUCUGCACUGGUCGCUACGCCUGUAUCUCCCUCGAGCUCAUGUCGCUACAACUUACUCAUAGUUUCAUCAUAUCAUACCGUUUAAUAUGCCGAUGCAUCAGAUUUGGGACAACCAGCAGCACAAGACGCAUAUCUGCACCUUCCGCCCGCCGUGUCAACCUCGUGCCUCUUCGUCUGAACCCUACUGCUGCCUGCCUGUUGUUAUUCAUCAGAAGGAACACUACAACUCCAAAUGUCUCGCAUUAUUACCUUUGGUUCUCUGGCGGUGAAGCGUCGAAAGUAAGAGAACAAUCUUGCUUCACCAAAUUGGAUGCUCAGCAAACAAGAACUGGCCUCGGAGUAUUGAAGUGUACACUCUAUAAUUAUGGCCUGUGUCCGCAAUGGGAGGGGGUGUGGAAGUGGUUCAUCAAGAAUGUCAAUGGUGUACCCACAGCUGCUAGACGUGACAAAACAAUCUCCACGUAA